AUGUUUAAUAGUAUAUUAACACGUAUUGAUUCAACAAAAGAUGUAUUUACAAUAAUAUUAAAAAUAUGUUUUAUAUUACGUAUAACAAAUAUUAUAUUUGAAUGUUUAGCAUUUUAUAUUUUUGAAAGAAAUUCAUGGGAUUUAUUAAGCAAAUUAUUUUAUUAUGGAACAUGUAAAAAAUUUCCAAUAUUUAAAGUAUCAGAAGAUAAUGAUGAUGUUAUGUAUACAAAAGAUCCAGAAGUUCAAAAAUUUAUUGAUCGUGCACGUGCAAAUAAAGCUGUUGAUGACGAUGAUGAUGGUGAAACAACGACAAAAAAGAAAAGAAUUACUAAGAAGAAACGUGAACAAGUAAUUGAAGUUGAACCCGAUGAUGAUGAUGAUGAUGAUGACGAUGGAGGAUUUAGAAAAGCAAAGAAGAAGCCAUCAAUAACAAGAGAAAAUGAAAUACAAGCUGAAAGUGAUGAUGAUGAUGAUGAUGAUGCAAAGCCUGUUAUUAAACGAACCAAACAAUCAAGUAAAAAGGUUGUUCAAAGUGAUGGUGAAGAAAAUGAAACCAAAAAAGUUUAUACUAAAAAACGAACAUCAAAAACGAAAGUAGUCGAUAGUGACGAAGAUGAAGAUGAACCAGUACAAGCUCAUACUACAAAACGAAAAUCUCAAAUAAUACGAAAAGAAACUGUUACUGAUGAUGAAGAGGAGGAGGAGGAGGAGGAGGAGGAAAAUGAUACAAAACGAAAACCUCGAAAAACAAAAAAUAUUAGUGAUGAAGAAGAAGAAGAGCAAGAAAUUAAGACAACUACUAGACGAAAAUCUCGAACAAAACAACCAGAGAGUGACAAUGAAGAAGAAGAAGAACAAAAACCUAUUAAACGAAAAUCACGUCCAAAAAUUGAUAAAGAAGAGGAAACUACGAGAAAACCAAAAUCAAAACCACGUCAAAAAGUUGAAGUUGAAGAAGAGGAAGAACAAGAAGAAAUGAUUAAAAUUCCAAAGAAAAAAUCUCAUCAUACUAACGUAGAAAUUCAAAUACCAAAUGGGAAAUCCACUUCUCAUCGAUCAGUACCUCCUACAACUACAUCUAAACCAACAAAAUCAGCUCAAAAGCAUUCAUCUUCAUCUCAUCGUAAAACUGAACGUCGUGCAACCCAACCUUCUCAAGAUGAACUUUCAGAUGCCAGUCAUUCAUCAGCUAAAAUGAUUGAAUCUUCGGCUAAACCUGUAAAAAAACGACCAACUAAAGUUCAUACAACAUCUACCGAACAAAAACAAUCUCGAACAAAAUCACCAAAUGAGAAACAUUCUCAUCAUCGAACAGAACCUUCAACAACAUCUCGAUCUAAACCCAAAACUACAACAGCAAAUCAUUCUCAGCAUCCAACAAAAAAAUCACAUAAUGAAACAACAAAAACUAAAAAAGCGCAUACACAUACAAAACAACCGAAAAAAGAUCAUCAUACUAGAAUUCUUGAAAUGUCCGAUGAAGUUUAA